AUUUACAAACCUCGCGUCAUCAAACGUAUAUUAUCUCGUAGGCUGUUUGUAACAUGUAUUUUUUUUCAAUCGGACUCGAGAUUAGUCUUCAGAGUUUGGGAAGACUUGUUGCCCAUGAAGGACUAACAAUAGUUCGAACUCGGACGUCGCGACAAGUACGUCGUCGCAAGCGAUUUCCCCCGACGAGUAAUGUGUUCAUAGUGCCGCAGAAAGGGGACCACAGUAUUUCCCUUCCUCGUUUCCCUCGCGAAUUUAUUCUAACAAGUAUUCUUUGACAAUCCGUAUAAAUAAAAGAACGGUAAACAGCAUAGCGCGCGCUAAAGAAUUUCGAAAUGAAUUUAUCGUUCGCUGGAUGUGGCUUCCUUGGCAUUUACCACGUCGGUGUGGCGGUGUGCUUCAAGAAAUACGCUCCGCACUUACUCUUGGAUAAGAUUAGCGGUGCAUCGGCUGGUGCUAUCGCGGCCUGUUGCCUCCUUUGUGACUUACCCCUCGGGGAAAUGACCAGUAAUGUAUUGCGGGUAGCACGUGAAGCGCGGCAACGCACUCUUGGCCCGUUCAGUCCAUCCUUCAAUGUACAAGCAAUAUUGUUAGAAAGCUUGCAAAAGUUCCUUCCCAAUGACGCUCACAUUCGAGUCAGCGGUAAACUUCAUAUCUCCUUGACGAGGGUAUACGAUGGAAAAAAUGUAAUUGUGUCACAGUUCUCUUCUAGAGAAGACUUAUUACAGGCAUUACUAGCAAGUGCAUUUAUUCCAUUUUUUUCUGGUCUUUUUCCACCAAGGUUUCAUGGUAUUAGAUAUAUGGAUGGCGGUUUUAGCGAUAAUCUUCCUACACUUGAUGAAAAUACAAUUACCGUUAGUCCCUUCUGUGGUGAAAGUGACAUCUGUCCAAGAGAUGUGUCUUCCCAAUUGUUUCAUGUAAAUUUUGCAAAUACUAGUAUAGAACUAUCAAGGCAAAAUAUAUAUAGGUUUGCAAGAAUACUCUUUCCACCUAAUCCAGAGAUACUUUCGAAUAUGUGCAAGCAAGGAUUUGAUGACGCGUUAAGAUUUUUACAUCGUAAUAAUUUACUUAAUUGUACUCGAUGUUUGGCUGUGCAGUCUACAUUCGUCGUCUCUGAAACCCUUGAUGAUAAUAUGGAUUACGAUCCUGAAUGUGUAGAAUGUAAAAUGCAUAGACAGGAAGCAUUAGUAUCUAAGUUACCUGAAACAGUUAUGACCAUAUUCCAAGAUGCAAUCGAUUCUGCCAAUAAAGGUCUUAUUAAUUGGUUAUUCAAACAUCGAAGCGUAAAACUCUUAUCGUUACUUAGUUUACCAUACACUUUACCUGCAGAUGUAGUGUAUGCAACUUUUACAAAUUUGAUUGGUAACAACAUAGAUACUCGCACCUUGGAAUACAAAGUAGUGGGAAACAUACUUCAUAGACCCGUGCAGACAAUUUCUUGUUCUAGGCAUAAGGCAUCUCGGUUCAUCUUAAAUGUUCCUAAAUUACGAAGAAACUUGUUAGAAUUAAGAACAUUUUUCUUGGAACAAUUGAGUAUGUUAUUUCCUAAAAUCAACAUAUAUUACCAACAAGUUCCACAAACCAUUAAGUGUCACUUGGCUUUCACAGAAUAUGGAUCAAACAUCUACAGUAUGGAAGCAGUAGAUGAGACUGAUAGCGUGUACAAAAAUCAGAAGAAUCUAAAUUUAACUCUGCAAUACAAUGAAAUACAACCAUGGAACGAUCACACUAAUAAAUCAAAAUGUGUUAUAAAUAUGUCGGACCUUUCAACGGUUGAUGAUACUUUAGAAAAUAUUCUUCAGGUAACUUCGGAUCAAGAAGCAGUUAUGGCAUAUUAUUAUAUGGAUGACAAUAACAAAGUACAAGUAACAGAGAUAUUUGAUGUUACGGAGUCAGAGUCACGUGCAAUGUUAUCGAUAGAUGAAGUCGAGAAUAAUAAAAAGUUACAGUUCGAUGAAUGGGAUGAACCAACAUGGUUAUCUGAACAUACACUUAAUAAUGUUGUUACGGAGUCUCUGUAUACUGAUGGAAAUCAACAGAGUAUGGAAGACUUAUCAGAUAUAUCCCUAGAAGACGAUAUUCUAGGAGUGUCAAAUAUUUCUUCGGAUACAGAGAGUGAGUGGGCAGUUAGUAAAGAUCCACAAACAGUACAAGUUUCCAGUCCUCCAGAUAGCAGGCCAGAAGUGGAUCAACCAUCGUUAAGUGUCUAAGAUAACUAAUUCUUUUCGCGAUUAUUCAGAUAAAAAAUGUGUAUAUAUAUAUAUAUGUAUAUCGUAGUCUUAGCCUUUCUUACUUUACGAAGUAUUUACAUACUUUCAUAGUCAAUAAUAUCGCGUUAGUAACAUUUAUUACCGUUUUUCAACGUUGAUAUUUUUGUAUAAACUCUGAUAAACGUAGGUACAUGAAAAGAUCAAAGGUAUAUGCACAAUUGUAUUUUAAAGAAAUAAUUUAUAAUCGUGUUAUACGCUGGUAAAUAUAAGAUACGGGUCACGUGCAUUGAUGCGACGUAAAAGUAUCUUUAACGGAUAUUACACGUAUUAUUAUUAAUGAAUUCUAUUAGAGAAAGUUUAUCGUUGUUAUGAAAUGCUUGCAAAGCAAGUGGUGGUAGAUCUCUCAAAAAAUAGACUGACUAUAAAGACAAUGUAUAUAUUGUAAAAUGGAAAUUUGUUUUUUUGGUCUAAUUCCGCAUUGAGUUUAUUAUUUAAAGAUUAAUAUAUGGAACAAAUUUUGUUUAAAAAUAUAAAAUAUCUGUUAUUAAGCAAGUUAUUAUUUCCAGUUUUGUUAAGUUAUGUCGUUAUCACAGUUUUAAUGUAAAGAACAAUAAUUAAUUAUACUGUGUAAGUACUUUUAUACAUAAAUGAAUUGUUAUCAAACGGUUUGUACAAUUACAUGUUGUGAUAAAUGCUCAAGGGAACGAUAAAAUUAGUUAUUUAAAUUAAGCUAAGAAAAAAAGAUUGUGAUCGCAUACAGCUGGAACUGAAUGCCAAUUAACAUACAAAGUUUUUAUAUUGUUUAUUUCUGACGUGGAUGAAUGUUAAAAAGGAUGACUUACUUACGUCGUAUUAAUAAAUUACGAUUAAAGGACAGGUCAUCGCUUACGAAUCAAAAAUAUAGAGUACUAAAUACUGUUGUAUGAUAAAAGGCUUCUAGCAGUAAUUGUUACAAAGCACAAUUUAUGUAUAUAAUGUUUUAGUAAAUUAUUUUUAUAAAUAACACAUUACAGAUAGUAACAUGGCAUAAACAUUAUUUUAAAAUGCUACGCAUUUGUGCCUGUUAUAUAAUUAAUAUACCGAUUUAGAAAAAAUUUAAUGAACAAAUUGUUAAUUUCAAUGACUUGUUUAUACAUAUAAACAUUACCUUAUAAGAUUGAAGAAUGUAUAUAAUUUUAAUUCAGAAUUACUUAGCACGAAAGAUUUUUUGUAUUUUAAUUUAUUUAUGGUAUUUCUUGACAUUAUCCAUUCAUGCUAUUUUAGACUGUUACUUAGUUGUAAAUUAAACUUUAUUGUAACUUUCAAAUUCACGACUAACAUUGAUUAUUUAUUGUGAACAUUAGAAAGUUAUCUUAAAAGCUGUUUCAGUAUUUGUAUUUUUAAAAAAUUACUGGAAUUAGCUAAUUGAAUACACAGUCUGUUAAAAUCUGGAGUAUUUUAAGCUAAUAAAAAUAUUAAAUCCAAUCAUUCAAUUAUUCUUCAAUGUUUGGAACCAUUGAGCAUAAGAUAAGCAGUUAUUAAUUUAAUCAUUUUCAUGACUUGUACUGCCUCUUUCAACCACACCUAGCAAUCACAUGAAAAGGGUAAAGACGAAUAAAAAAUGGAAUAUUUAUUACAUUUUUUAAUAUAAAACAAAUCGUAUGUAUAAGUUAUAUAUAUACAAUAAUUGAAACCGUCCUCAAAGUAAUAUUUCGAGGCAUAAUGUUCUUCCCUUCUUCUUCUUCUUUUUUUUGUAGAAAUAAUUUAUUGCACAUGCGCACAAAGUAUGUAUCUACGCUUGAUUUUAUAAAAUAUGUCGUCGCUGAUAAACAUCGAUCGGUCAUGAAUAAAAAUUUUAUAAUUUACAAUUAUAAUUGCAUGCAUAAUUAAAAUGUCAAAUCUCCGCGUUAACCUAAUAUACAGAAACACCUCAUUACAUUCCUUCUUGGCAGGCUCCAAUUAUUUCAAUGUAAUGUGAGACAUUAUUAAUUAUUUGAACAUGUUCAGGCUGAGUCAUCCCCUGGGGCAGAUGUAGAAUUUCUUUGAGGCUCA